CGGCAUCGCAAAGGCAUAAAAGAGCCGAAUUGGCAUGUUGUUAAGCAUGUCAUCUUGAAUAGUGAUAGCUUCGCUGUAUAUAUUCAUUCCAGCAACAUGACCGGUUUCAGCAAACUCCCUGCUCGCUCUCUGGGCAAAAACGGCCCGCUCAUUCCGCGAAUUGGCCUCGGACUCAUGGGUGCCAGUGGUACUUAUGGCCAACCUCUCCCAGAAGCUGAGCAUCUACGGUUCCUGGACGAGGCAUACCAAAGGGGUGAGACGUUUUGGGAUACCGCGGAUAAAUAUGACGAUUCCGAAACAGUUUUGGGCAAAUGGUUUGCUCAGAACCCUGAUAAGCGGAAGGAUGUUUUUCUGGCCACCAAGUUCGGCAUCUGCACCAAUCCCAAUGCUAAAGACGGCAUGAAGAAUUGGAUGGAUUCCAGUCCAGAGUACUGUCGAACUGCGAUUGAGAAGUCAUUGAAUCGCCUCGGACUGCCAUACGUGGACCUGUACUACGUCCAUCGCCUGGACAAAGUCACCCCUAUUGAGAAGACCAUCGAAGCCAUGGUCGCGCUCAAGCAAGAGGGGAAGAUCAAAUACAUCGGCUUGAGCGAGUGCAGUGCCGACUCGCUCCGUCGGGCCCAUGCUGUGCACCCUAUCUCGUGUGUACAGGUAGAAUAUAGCGUCUUCUGCACUGAUAUCGAGUCCCCGAAGGUGCAGUUACUGCUUACUGCGCGCGAGCUUGGUGUGGCUAUCGUGGCGUAUAGUCCGCUCGGCAACGGAUUCCUUAGCGGGGCAAUUCGGUCGCGGGAGGACGUCAGUAAGCCCGGAGAUGUCCGAGGUGUGCUUCCCUGGCUCAGGAAAGAGAAUAUCGAUAAGAAUGUUGCUGUGGUGGACCAGCUGGCUGAGAUAGCGAAAGGAAAGGGUAUGACCACGGCACAGCUGGCGCUGGCGUGGCUGUUCAACCAGGGUGACGACAUCUUUGCCAUUCCGGGAACGAGCAAAAUUCAUCGAUUGGAGGAGAACUUGGCCAGUCUGUCCUUCCAGUUAUCGGAGGAAGAAGAACAGUCAAUCCGGCGGAUCGCACAGAGUGUUGUGGGUGUGCGCUUUCAGGCCUUGACUGGCUAUGACUUUGCUGAUACCCCACCACUGUGAAAGGGGUUUUCUUGCCAAGUGUUGGUGGAACAUAUUGUAUAGAUAGCUUGGCAUGCUGUCUUAGAGA